AAUUUAACAGGAAUAAUCCAACCUGUUGUCCGUUCUCCCAUAUUAAUCCCACCUUUUGAUUAUUCCUCAUUAAUCCAACCUUUAUACCCCUUCUUCCCAUAUCACACCCAAAUAACCGGUUACCUAAACAACUGGUCAUCCCUUCUAUCUCCUUCCUCUUACCAUUUGCCAUCAUCUUCCUCCAUUACCACCACCCAAAGCUCCACCUCCAUUUUAUCUUCCCCUUCAAUUCUUUCUUCCUCCUCCCCCAACCACCCCUGCCCCUUCCUCCUAGCAGACAUGUCACUGCCCGUCCCCCUCAGCCACCUUGCUUUCCCUCCCCUUCCCCGUAGCCUCCUUGCCCCUCAACACCCACACACAACCUCCCCUGCUCCCUCACUCGCAACCUCCAUCACACAAUUAAAUCAAACCACCAUAAUCAGAGGCGCCUCUCCAUCAGCACACCAUCAAUCGCCUGCUGACCGUCCACACAUCACAACCACCGUCGCAACCCCAAUUGCACCAGCCACCGCUGCUUCUGCCAUCACCGUACAAAUGGCCACGACCCCCCUUUUCUCCGUAAAGGGUGGUGAAUGGAGGAAGGUAGGAGAGCAAAAAGGGGGAAGGAGUUCAGCCCCCCAAAACCCACCGCCACACCAUCGGAAUAACCCCUCAUCCUACACAACCGCCGAACGCAUUGGUUUCCGAGAGGUUGGUUUGUGAUGGGUGUGAGCGUGGGUUUUAUUUUAAUUGUACCGGGGUUUUGCCAGGUUCGGCGGUUGUGUAGGAUGAGUGGGUGUGUAGGUUCUGUGCGACGGUUGACGGUGAGGUGAGGGGUGGUGGUGGCAUGUGUGUUGGUGGUGGUUGGAGGUUUGUGGUGGCUAGAAGAGGUGUUGUUGUUGGGUACAUUAAAGGGGAGGUGAAGUGGUAAUGGAGGAAGAGGCCAUGGAAGGAAAGGAGAGAGAAAGAAGGAUGGUGGUGGCUAUGAUGGUGAAUCUGGUGAUGGGGGAAGAGAGAGAAAGAAGAAAACAGGGUGGUUUGGAUAGGUUACCUGCAAGGGUUGCUGUGAGAAAAGGGGGCAAAAGUUGAAUUAACGAGGAAUAAUCAAAAGGUGAGAUUAAUACGGGAGAACGGACAAAAAGUUGGAUUAUUCCUGUUAAAUUUUCCUAUUAGUUAUGCUACACUUUUAGAUUCAUCUCCUAUUAUUGUCAUUGUCGUCGUCGUCAUUGCCGAAACCAUGAGUAAUAGCAGCACCACUACCACCAACAGCGCCACCGUCAACGGCGGCAUAUCUUCUCCCGCCACCGCCGGACUCAAAGCCUACUUUAAAACUCCCGAAGGACGUUAUACUCUUCAUUCCGAGAAGUCUCAUCCUUCUACUCUUCUCCAUUAUUCUCACGGCAAAACCGUCUCUCAGGUAACAUUAGCUAAUCUCAAGGAAAAAAUAGCUUCAUCAACACCCACGUCAAGCUCAGGUUAUAGUGCAAGUAGUAGCGUAAGGUCAGCUGCUGCAAAGUUGUUAGGCUCGAAUAAUGGAGGGCGAGCUCUAAGUUUUGUAGGAGGUAAUGGAGCUAAUAAAGCUGUUGCUGCGGCUACGAAAACUGCUACAUUUGGAAGUUCCAGUAAUGGUAGCAGCUCGCCCAUUACCAGUUUUGAUGGUAAAGGAAUGUACAUAAUAUAUAAUGUGGGUGACACUUUGUAUAUUAGCGACCUAAAUUCGCAGGAGAAGGAUCCCAUUAAAUCCAUACACUUUGCAAGCUCAAAUCCUGUUUGUCAUACCUUUAAUCCUGAAGCUAAGGACGGCCAUGACUUACUGAUAGGGUUAAACUCUGGAGAUGUGUACACAGUUUCCUUAAGACAGCAGUUGCAAGAUAUUGGAAAGAAGCUUGUUGGAGCACAUCACUAUAACAAAGAUGGCUCCAUUAAUAACAGCCGGUGUACCAGUGUAGCAUGGGUCCCUCAAGUCAAUGGUUUCUUUGUUGUUGCUCAUGCUGAUGGAAACGUGUAUGUGUAUGAGAAGGGGAAGGAUGCUACUGUUGAUUCGUCUUUCCCACUCAUAAAGGAUCCGACUCAAUUUUCUAUUGCACAUGCAAAAUCUAGCAAGAGCAAUCCUAUUUCUAGAUGGCAUAUAUGUCAAGGUUCAAUCAAUAGAAUGGCAUUCUCCGUUGAUGGCACUCAUUUGGCUGUUGUUGGGAGAGAUGGCUUUUUAAGAGUUUUUGACUACCAGAAAGAACUGCUAGUAUGUGGAGGAAAAAGUUAUUAUGGUGCUAUACUCUGUUGUGCAUGGAGCAUGGAUGGUAAAUAUAUUUUGACUGGUGGUGAGGAUGAUCUAGUUCAAGUUUGGAGCAUGGAAGAUCGCAAGGUUAUAGCCUGGGGUGAGGGGCACAAUUCAUGGGUGAGUGGAGUUGCUUUUGAUCCAUAUUGGUCACCCCCAUCUUCAGAUAGCACAGGAGAAAAUGUGAUGUAUCGGUUUGGCUCUGUUGGUCAGGACACUCAAUUACUCUUAUGGGAUUUUUCAAUGGAUGAAAUUGUAGUGCCUCUUCGUCGUUGUCCACCAGGUGGUUCACCUACAUACAGUGCUGGAAGUCAAUCAGCACAAUGGGAUAGUGUGGUUCCGUUGGGCUCUUUACAGCCUGCUCCAAGUAUGCGAGAUGUCCCAAAGCUUUCUCCACUUGUUGCUCAUCGUGUGUACACUGAUCCUUUGUCAGACUUGGUCUUCACACAGCACUCCAUCCUUACAGCAUGCAGAGAAGGGCAUGUAAAAGUUUGGAAGAGACCUGGGUCUUCUGAAACCAUAUUAGGCGAUUCAGAAACUGCAAAUGCGAUAGAAAAGCACCCAAUACCAAGUGCCAGUGGGUCUGAUUGCAAAUGAUCGUAAGAGUGGGCAUUUCCAAUAUCGUAGCCAUAUUUAUUAGCAUAUGCCUAAUCGGCAUCAUCCAAGCUGGUGCCACGGAGUUAAUCCACUCAAUUUUCUGUAUCUAGUACAAAUGUUGAAUGUUGAAGGAGCUACUUAUUCAGCUUCACCAGGGUUAUUAACUGUAUAGGUCCAAAUAAUAGAGCUGAUGCAGUUACUUCUUGUUAUUGUAGUUAGAAAUCCCGAUGUUUAGUAUGAUUUGGUUGUAGCCUUGUAGGUCAUCAGAGUACUCUAACCUUUUGCAGCAAACAAAUAAUUUGCUGUAUACUAAUUACUAAGUACUUCGAUCCCGGAAAUGGCUUUAUUCUAUGAUUUAGCGAGUUCUAUAAA